AUGAGCUCAGUGCCUAUCAAGCGGGUGCGCAUCCAGGGCUGGACCCUUGCUGACAGCUAUUCCUUCAUCUCGGUCUUUCUACGCCAGUAUGCCACUGCCGCCACUAAAGACACCGCUCACCACCCAUCGCAUACCGCAGCAGCAGCGUCAACCUCGCGCACCCCUCGCCGCCAUUUCCACGACUACUUCGUCACCCAUCUACCCACCUCCUCACUACACCCGGACUCCCGCGUGUCCGUCGGCCCUCAACACCAUCUUCCACGCUCUGCAUCCGUUCCGCACGCCUCCUCUUCUACCGUCGCUGGUACCGGGACAGGAACCGACCCGCCGAAGCGCGAUGCAUCCCCUGCUACAGUCUCGCCCUCAUCCGGCCUAGCCGUAGGCCGGGAGACAACCGUGGUUCGCAUCCCCCUACGAAGCGCAAAACACCACUUUGGCGUCUCGUUUGCGCGUGGCAUGCGCCCUACAAACGAGGACACAUACCAGGCUGGCGUUAUUGAGCUGCCAGCUUUUGCACGCCGGGCUCCGCUUUCUAUCACUGUCGGUCAGCGUACGGCUGCUUCGGGGGAGAAUAAAGUUGCCGACAGCGCUACGGGUGAUCCGCAAGUGUUUUACUUUGGUAUCUUUGAUGGCCACGGAGGAGCGGAAUGUAGCCAGUUCCUGCGUGAUAAGUUGCACGGAUACAUCCAGGAGGCAGCAACGGAUUUUAAGAUGGAGUCCGCACUGUCAAAGUGUGUAGAGAGCCAGAAGCUGACAAACCGAGCGAUACGCCAUCGCGAGCGCGUCGGUGAGGUCAAGUAUGGUGUUUCCCCUACUUCCUCCGCUGAUCAGAAGCAAAGGAGCCAUGCGGUGCAGGGCGAUUUACCGAUUCUGCAAAAAGCGGAUAGAGAGUAUAUCGGGGAUAUGGAGAAGAAGCUGGUUGCGGACUGGCGAGAUCUGGUGGGCGGAUACUUUCGACGAUUCCAACCGCUACAUUUUUCAUAUUGUGGCGCCGAACCAGCGGGUGAGGGAGACGAACAUGGCACCGCCAUAAAGGACGCAGACGCAGACGGAGAGGAUGUCCGUGUCAGCGUGAAGUCUGGCGUCUCGAUCGAGGAAGUAGUCGAAUACGCAUUUCUCCGUGCCGACCUGGACUUUGUCUCUGCCCAAGUCUCGAAGGGAGAGGCCUCCUCACCCCCGGCCAGCCCGGACAAACCGCUGAACGAGCACGAUAUCUUGCACCACCCAAACAGAUACCGCGAUAUGCCUGUCGGCGGCUCGCGCAACACCUUCAAGGGCGGCAGCACAGGCAGCAUCGCCAUGAUCUCCACCCCAACCCCGAUGCCCUUCUGGAACCCGUCUGCCCCGUCCUCCCUCCUCGUCUCGCACAUAGGCGAUACCCGCAUCCUCCUCUGCUCGACCGCUACCGGCCACCCGAUCCCGCUAACUACAGACCACCACCCGUCCUCUCCCGUCGAAAGUGCCCGCCUACAACGCUACGCAGCCACUUUUGUAACCGACUCCUUUGGCGAAGAACGCAUGAGCGGCCUUGCCAACACCCGCGCCUUUGGAGACAUCACGAGCAAACGCAUCGGCGUCUCCGCCGAGCCUGAGCUACGCCGCAUCGACAUGGCUCCGGCCGAGUAUUCCUUCCUCGUUCUCAUGAGUGAUGGCGUGAGCGGGACUCUGAGCGAUCAGGAAGUCGUCGAUAUCAUCAAGGAAGCCAAGACGCCGGACCAGGGUGCGCGAGACGUUGUCUCCUUUGCUACAGAGGUGUCUACGGACGGAGAUAAUGCGACGUGCCUCGUAGUAAGGCUGGGAGGAUGGGAGAGGCGACAGGAGGGCGGACUAGGCAGCAUGGCCACCAAGGAGUCGAGGGAAUGGAGGAGUAGAGACGCCGCAGACCCCAGGGGGCGGAGGAGAUGA